AGUCAUGAUAAUAAAUUUGCAGCGGUUAACCGUAAUAUCGACUAAAGAAUAAUUAAGCUUAUAACAAAUUUUCGAAUGUCAUGCUAUUUGGUUUGUUUCCAGUGGUUAACCGUCAGUAUAUAUACUGACGUAAGAAGUAUUUGCGAUGUAUGAAAAUCGACCCAUUUUUAAAUAAGUUCCCCUUCCUACUUGUUUUUUUUUAUCCGUCUGAAACCAAAGAAACAUUAUUGUAGGCAAAGAAACAUUGUUGUUCCCAUGCCUUUUUGUCUCUUACCAGCCAUCUAUUUCUUACCUGGCGCCCAACCAUGGUCAGAAUCAUUUUGCGAUCCCUGAAAUUCAAAUAGCUCGAGUUAACAUGCGGUAACAAUGCGGUGAUAAAUUAUUCCGUCUUUUUUGCGUCCACGAUUAUACUGAUGGUGAUGUAAUGUUUUCAAAACUGAAAUGAGGAAAAAGCGCUGUGCGUGAUACCACAAGACAAAAUUUAAUUCAAAGGUCAAAAUAGAUGUAGCUGGCUGAGAUAUUGAGGUAGAAAAAAGUUUGUGUUUCUUUUGUUUCUUACAAUCUCGAUUUUUUAUUAUUCUAUCCCAUCGUUUUAUUACAUUUUCAAUAACCAUAUUGUUCGAUUAUCAGGUUUCUCUACGACGAAAUACACCUGAUCUGCAAAAAUUCGCGUGGAAUCAAAACCUGCAUAAACUUUAUCCGUUUUUUUUCCGAUUUUCAUUUAACCUUUUUUUAUUUUUUUAUUACUUCCGUUUAUUAUUUUAAACAAAAACUUUAUAUUCAGUCUUUGAGACUAUAUAUUCAUAUAACGAUCUGCAAACAAAGUUUCACGUACUGCACCAUAACAAUUUUUUCUUGUAAUUACUCUCAUUUUUUCCCCAGCUUGAGGACAUCUGAAAGAAUAACAUUUUACGUGUGUUAAUUAAUUUUAAUAAUUUUAAUGUUGGUACUUAUCACGGCUAUCUAAUCAUUGGAAAACACAAUAAAUAUUCGUGGCGGCAGAUGUUUUUAUCUUUUCUCUCGACACAAAAAAGCACUGUGUUGUUUGUUUAGUUCCAAGUUCUUCACAGCAUGUUGUAAAUAUACGCAAGGAAAGACCUAGACAGAAAUGUUUAUCACGGGGAAGACGUCAAAUUCAUCAUAACUUUACUAUGGGGACGAGGUCAGGAACAUCUGUGGAGAAGAGUGUGAAGCAAACAUUUAGGUUUUUCUCCAGGUAAACAAUAACAACGUGCGAUCGACAAUGACAAAUGAUUAUUAAUUUAUGAGAAGUAAGAAAAGAAAUAAGUAACAUCGAAAAAGGGGAGAGCGAGUUCUUCAAACUCAUGCAGACACACAAUUCAAAUGGAUUUUGAAUUGUAUUUUGUUCUAUAUUUUUUUAUCAUAGCUGAUGUUGUAUGCAGUACCAACGAAAAAUGUAUCGACUAUGCUAAAAAUGUAAAUUAUCAUCAUCCAUUACUCAACUAUGAAGCGCCCAAACCUCACGGUGAUUGGGUAUCUUCAAGGUGCGAGAUCACACCAGAAAAAAAUUACAUAUUCCGUUACAUAAACAUAGGCCUGAACGACUGGACGGGUUACAUAUACCAUUAUUCAGACAGCUGGUGUACACAGCCGACAUUUACAGUGAAAAUUACCGGCGCGUAUGACAUGUUGCCGUCCACUGCGACGCCAAACUCAAAGGCUUCGUUUUCAACAAAUUUCAGGUUUACCAAAAUUACUGUACGAACUGAUAAUUCUGUCGUGCUUGAAAAAAUUCUAAAUAUGAUCAUGAGUAAAUGUCCGAAGGCUCUACCGAAAAUAGCGCAGAUGCAGAUCAACGACAAGGUAAAUCUGGAUGCGUAUAUCAACACCGAUGUUGCGCUCGAAUCACACGUAUUGACGAAAAAGAAAUGUCGUUAUUUCUUCGGAUUACAUAGUUACUCUUACAAGAAAAUUCGAAUAACCGGCGAUAAAACGAAAACAACAAGGUUUACGCAAUACAUUCUGGAAAAAUACGACACUUUAUAUUUUGGAAACAUUCCACCUGUGCACGUUCGUGCUCAUGAUUACGAAGGCCUCGAAUUUCAGUAUGGGUUAUCGCGGUUAGAUAGACCAGGCUGUUCGAUUUGUGCUGUUAUGCAACAACAUAAAAACAAGGACGUCGUCCCUACGUUGCCGAUGCCUAAAUAUCGAAAUUAUAUCACUGGUGAAUGGGUUAGUCAAGUAUGCGAGGCGGGUGAUGAUACAACCUAUCUCACUCGAUAUUACAAAAUUUCGAGUAACAAAACCGGCGGUAGUAUAACUGUACAUGAGAAUUCUUUUACGGAUCCAAACUGCAAAGAAAAGCAAGCCGAAGUGCGUAGUAAAGGCUUUUUUGUGUUUGUCAAACCAGAUAAAAUUCAAGAUGUGUUAGAACUACGUAUCACAUACACGUCUGCUUAUUUGUCAAUAUAUGACGAAGCAUAUUUAAACGUUCUUAGAGCGGGAUCUAGAUGCGGGGAUGCCGAGAAAUGGCAAAGGGGCGUGGAGCAAGACAUUACAAAAACAAACGGCUGUGCUGAAAUUGGAUUAGCUCUUCCAGAUACAAAGAUCGCAGUCGUUAGAGCCUAUAAAUACGGAACUAAUGCAGAACUUUACUUCGAUCAAAGGAAAUUAACUGAAAAAGGAGGCACCUAUUUUACGAAAAACCUCGUGUCUUGUGCCUCAAUUACUAGCAACAUAACAAAAAAGAGUACGGCAACGCUUGGACCAUUCCGCACGAAAAUUUUAAUGACUGUUGCCCCAGACAUUCAGACGAAAAAAGUGAAAGAAAACAAUAAAAGCACUGGGUUGCAGCUGCAAGGAAAUAUUUUAACCUUUUUAUACGCCAUUUUAUUUUUCACCAUUUUGUAGUCUUGUUUUCAUUUUUUCAUUUUUACAAUUUCUCUUCUGGAAAAUAAACCCUAUUUUUGUUAAAUUUUUUUUCUAACAUAAUACCUUAAAAUUUUAUGUGCUCUAACCCAAGCUUUCACUCUUAACCGACCCUUAUGGUCAGAGUAUAUUUCUUAUAUGUCUUUGUUUUGUUUUGAAAGACUCCAGUAAGUACUUCUUUUUUAAACGCAUUGAGAGUCGCCUUGUAUGGGUUUAGGGACUUUAUCGGAGAUAAGUGUAACCAAGUUUAUUUUAUCUUGGACACAAAUUAGUGGACAAGUAUUAAAAUUUAACACCCCCUUUUUCCCCACGCUCAGUGCUACAGCCAAAAAAAAUGAUUGGCCUUCAAAAUUCAACCUUGAAGUUGGGGGGAAGGGGGAAAUCAAAAAGUCCAUACAUAUUUUGUUUGAUUGUGGUAAGGCAGCCUAAUGUUUUAGUCAACAAGAUUUUACUUAUUAUUUAAGGUCUUAUGCGUGCCUAUUUAACUGGAGUGAAACUUGAGAUAUUAGAACCUUUUAUAAUGGAUAAGCCUUCUUCCUUUUUUCUUCAAUUCCUAAAUUUGUGUCACUCGUCGCUGCAACUUCACGUAGUUCGUUUCGAUGUUUUCUUCGUUCCAGGGCGACAAGGACUAUGAAACAAUUUUUGUAUAUAGAUAAAAGAGAAGUUACUUUUAUAGAGUAAAAUAUUAGUUUGUAUGUUUUGUUAAUACAGAAAAAUAAAAAAAUAAAAUGGUUUGUAA